AUGGAAGACCUACGCAUCAAGUGUUACGCAAAUCAGAGUGUAGUGGUACAUGAGCCACCGAAAUCCGACGCAGACAGAAACAUAGCACAUUCUCUAUGUCGAGUUUGCCAUAUAUAUGAAUAUUAUAACACAGCCGUACGGAGGCAGUCUGUCGAGAUAUGUGACCGGUUGCCGUUGUAUGAACGUUUACGCGGUCACUGGAACGUAUACAGUGAUAAUGCGAUAAUGCUGAACGUACACAUUAAUCAUCCACAGAACGUUGUUCAGCAAUUUAAUAUUUUGUUUGCUUAUGCUUACUUUUAUGGUUGUGAUUUUGAACCGGUUGAUUAUUGUUAGAAAUUCGUAUUGA